AUGCAACGAGAGCAUGAAGGCAUUAUGGACGAUUCAUGUCGAAACAAAAAACAACGCAGAAAAUCAAGCGAUGAGUACAGUCACGAUGAUGAAGCUCGUAUACCUAUACCAGUGAGCUUGCAGCCUACCCCAAUCAAUGUAGGAAAGAUUGUCCCGGUGGAGAGAGUUUCCAUACAGGCCACAACAUGGAACCUCGAUAGCAACUCAAUCGAAUACCUCAAAGCUCUCUCUGCUUCCAAAGCAAAAUCACCAAACUCGCAUCCAGAAUCGAGUUCGCCCCAGGCCCCCGCCUCGGUCGCCUCCAUCAAGAAGGCUGCAGCUGCAGCUCCAGCUGCUGCUGGCUAUCCGCGGGACGCCACUCUUCUCCGCCAAAAGCAAGUCGAUCAAUGGAAUAUACGCUAUGCGGAACUUUUGGAAUUCCGAAAGGAACACGGUCACUGCCUCGUACCUCUUCGCUAUCAACUGAACAGGGCUCUUAGUAAUUGGGUCAAACGGCAAAGGUAUCAAUAUCGAAUAAAAUCGGAAGGGAAACAUUCUACCUUGAACGAUCAGCGGCAGGCUGCUUUGGAGAAACUUGGCUUUGUGUGGGACUCCCAUUCUUUGACAUGGGAAGAGCGGUUCCAAGAGCUUUCAGAAUUCCGGCGAGUCCAUGGACAUGCGAACGUCCCAAAAUCGUACAAAACGAAUCAACAGCUAGCCGUUUGGGUCAAAAGCCGUAAGUAA